AUGCCGCCUGAAGCCAUGCCUCAAGACUACUUCCAGCUCCCUCCCACCGCCCACCGCCCCCGCGCCCCGUCCAGCUCCCGCUCGGCAUCCAGCUCUGCCUCGUCGCUGCUCGACAUCUCGCGCCAUUACCCACAACCAACCACCGACCGCUGGGGAGGCCUUCUCUCUACCUUUUUCCGCGCGCCCUCGGAGCGGUCCAGGCGCACCACCCGCAAGGCCACCAGGAAGCGCCGUAUCCUUCGCCUCAGCAACUCGUCCUCGUCCUCGGUCAACUCUGACCUGGCUUACGGGACUGGCUACAUCGCCCGACCCAAGGGCUACCGCAGCUACAGCCCGCGCCGCGCGACCGCCUUGGCCGCCGCUCCUGGCCAGUCGCACCCCUACGAUCAGCGACAGUACGGCGGCACCGCCUAUCCCGCCGACGCGCCCGAUCGACCAAGCCUGCGCAGGGACAAGACCGACGAAGAGAUUCUAGAUAUAGGCCGCCGCCUGUCCGACUUUGCCCGGAAGCAAAAUGAUCAUGAUCUGCGGGCUGCCGGGCGGAGCCGACCCACUGGCCUCGUUGCCGCCGCCGCCGCCGCCGCCGCCGCCGCCGCCACGGCUAGCGGCUCUCGGCGACACAAGCGCGAUGGUACCAGUAGCCGCGGCAUCGGCGCCUCAAGGCCUCACGGCACAUCCCCCGGCGAUGACUCGGACUGGGAAUCUGCCUCGGACGACGAAUCAAGCGACGGCGCCGAGUCGGUGCUGGCGUAUGGCUCUGUCGUCUCGCAGGCAAUCCGACCACCAAGGCCCGCCGCCGCCUCUGCCAUUGCGUCCACAGUCAGUGGCCCUUCCAUGCAUGGCAGACAGGGCUCCGUGGUGGAUCCUCGCUUGUUUGGACCCGUCAAUUCCCUCCGCGGGCUGGUCACUCCUCGUCCGUUUGGGGACGACGAGUCUUCCCUUCCAGCCGUCCAAUACCGCAACUUCAACCGGCUUCGUCGAGUCGAGACCGAGCCCAUCCACGAGCAAGCCCCCAUGAGGGAGGUACUUCCGAUUCCGACGGCCGACCCAACCACAUUCGAUGCAGAAUCAGCCCCCCCGACUGCUCUGCGUCGAAGCCGAACCAGUCCUGCUCCUGUCCCUUUACAGCAGCCAGUUCCCGUGGCUCCUGUGCCGUCCAAAGUCUAUGACGCAGAGAAGCUCGAGGACGCAAGCAGGCGCGACUGGCGACAAUCGCGCCACCGCUCCGAAGACAAGGCCUUUAGCGAGGCUGCAGUGGCUGGCGUGGCUGGCGUGGCUGCCGCAGCUGUCGGUGCGGCCCUGGUUUCUGAUCGACGCGAUCGGAAGGAUGGUCGCAAGGAAGAAAGGAAGAGGGAGGAUAGGAAGAGAGAUGAGCGGGAUGGCCAAGGCCGCCGCGAAGAUGAGCAUCGCUCCAUUCGUGGCCUUGAGAAGGUCGACAAGGCGGAGAAGGAUUCCAAGUCCCGAGACCGAGAGUCGAAUCGUGAUAAGGAGCGCCGCAAGUCUAAGCGCGACUCUCACUCGUCAUCGAAACACGUUGACGACAAGGACCAAAAGAAGGCCCGGCGCUAUGAGGAUGAACGUCCUCCUAGAAAAAGGCGCGAGACCGUUGCGGAUCACGUCUCCGAUCCCGGAGUCGCUGGAUACCGCCGUGGGGAAAUCGAGACGGAAGCCGAGCCUGACAGGUACAGCGACAUUCCUCAGCCUCGACACCGUGGCGACCGCAACAACGACGAGCAUAUGGACCGUCGAGACAUCCGCAGGGCGGACGACGCAGCUUCCCAGCCUGCCGGCAGCCAAGACUACCGCCGCUCCGAGAAAGCCACAGUCGACCCAUUUCGAUAUCAAAUUGAUGACGAUACCCUCGUCGCGCCAAAGGCUGCCACUGAGAGACCAUUGACGCCGACCGUUGUCACUGUCGACCGAGAGCCAGACUUUGAUAGCUGGUCGCCAAAAUCGCCAAAGCCGGAAUUGAGACUGAGUCGCAGGGACUCUUUUGACAUUGACCAUAUGGUCGAGGAUAAGGAAAAGGGAGAUCGAGGCAGGCCUCGGAGCGACCGCAGCUUCGACCCAGGGGAGCAAGAGGCCAAGGAGAUAUACGAUGAAGCCAGACACGCCACCGUGCCGAUAGCAGUAGCCGCCGUCGCAUCUGCCAUUGCCAUCGAGAGAGCCCAGUCAAGAGAGCGUCGCCGCCGAGAAAACUCGAAUGGCGUCUCCCCAGAACGCCAGGACGGGCCCGGGGACGCGGUUCAGGAGCAGGCGAACCGCUACUAUCGUGAGGUUGAACUUGCGCGCAAGAUUGCCGGGGGCCAGGUGCGCUCUCAUUCGCAAGAGUCGGAGCGUUCCGUGGUGGACAUAUGGGACAAGAACGAUGCAGUCGACGAACCCACCAUCGUCACCCCGCCCGAUGUCGAGGACAGAGAAUGGAAGAAGGAUGAGGGGCCUUAUGCGGCACCUGAUGCGGAUGUUCGCAUCGACAACAAGAUAUAUCCUCGCGAGGUUGAUAGGUUCCGCUUGACGGGGAGCGAAUGGGGCGUGGCGCCCUUCAAGUCGCGGGACCCGUCGUGCGAGCGAGAGCGCCCUGUGCUCAAUCUGGUAUAUCCUACGCCCGACUCAAGCCGAUACCCCACUCCAAGCCCUGAUCCGGCGAAGCGCCUCCAGGAAGACGAGGAACAGGUUCAACGGUCUGCGCAACCAGAGCCCGUCUCCGACGUGGUGAAUGAGCCAAGGGGCGAACCGACGCAGCCGUCGACGCCCAAGUCCGUCAGCUGGGGCGAAAACUCGACCAAGCGUUUCGAGGUGGAGAGCCCCGAGCCCCGUGGCCAUGCGGAACAAUCGCGUGACGUUGCCGGCUCCGGAGAAAGGUCGCGGCCACUCCUUGACAGGUCGAGCCAGUGGGGCAUCAUCGCUGCCGCCAUGGCCGGAAGCAGCGCCGAGCCCGACAACGAGCCCGAGGCGAGGGACUGGGACAAGGCCUCGGAUUCCAAGCUCCGGAGUGUGGCGGCGGCUGGGCCGGAGCAGAUCUUCACUGAAGAGCCGACCGCUGCUCCGCCAGUCCCCGGCCCCAAGCCGGUUAGCCCGGAACCAAGACAGAUGCCCGGUGGCUUCGCCGACGACAUAGAGUUCGCAGCCACACUUGCGGCGGGUCUCAAGGACACCGGCUUUGACCCCAACAUUGUCAUCGACGAUCCGCUGUAUCACCGCCGCGAUUCACCCCCAGGCGAGAGCGAGCCGAACGGGGACAGUUGGAACCGCAGGGCUGCUUCAGACAUCAUCACCAACCUGCAAAGCCAUGGCUCGGUCGCCGGCGGGAGACCAGUGUCUGAGCCGGGUUUCGUGAUUGGCGAGGUCGAAACCCCGAGGGACGAGCCAUCCCCGGCCUCGGUGGCCGGUGAGUGGGCCGAGGUACCCGCAAAAUUGAGCAAGAAGGAGAGGAAGAGGCUUGAAAAGCUCAAGCGACAGUCGUCCGAGGCGUCGGAGCCGGCGACUGCUGAAACCUCAGGAACUCCAGCCUUCGAAGACGUAGCCGAUGCUGCUUCCCGGAGAGGCAGCACAAAAGACCACCGCGAGCACGACAGCUCAGCUUCGAGGCACGGUGAUGAGCAUUAUCCAAGAGCCGAGGCCGAGCGUAGCCAGAGCGGCAAGGCUGACCCCGAUGUCUGGGAGGAAAAUGCUUAUGGCAAGCAAAAGAAGAAUAGAAGGAGCCGAGAUUUUGACGACGACACCAAGUCCAAGGUGUCGGUUCCCACUGAUGCCUUUGACGAUCUGCAGUUGCUCAGGAAAGAAUCGGUUGGCGACGACUGGGAAGCUUCGAAAAAGUCCAAGAGAAAGUCGAAGAGGAGCUCGGGAGCCCACGACUCGCCCACCAGGUCUUCGGUCCCUUCAGAGGUAUCCGCAACGAGCUCCAGCAGGCGGAGCAGCAAGUCGAAGCGGAGCAGCGGCAACAACGAUGAUUUUGUCACCCCUGGCGAGGAUCCCCUGGGUCGCUCAAAGCGCAGUCCCUUCGAGGACCAUGAAGUGAGCUCGGUCGUGUCUGAUUCUCGAUAUGACAAGCAGAAACGCGACAGGCGAGAGGGCAAGCGGUCGUCUCGAAGCUACGAUGACGACGACGACGCCAAGUCGGUCGCCUCAGCACCGGGCCCUUCUCGCAAGAGCAAAGACUCGGGCAAAAAGUCUAGCGGGCUCUUUUCCAGCAUCUUCAAGUCUGGCGGCAGCAAAGACGAACAAAAAAGAGAGUCUUUUUUAGAUAAUGCCGGCACCUCUGGCACAGGUGUCGGCUUGGCGAGCAUUGCUGCCAUUGCCACGGCUGGCCUCGUUCGCGCGCAUGCCACCGGUAGCUCCUCGGAAAUGGAGCACGAUCCUCUCGAGGCCCCUAAAGACGCUCGAGACGUCGAGAUCUUCGACCCGGAGAUUGCCCCACGAGCAAUCAAGCCAGCCAUUGACCCCCAGUAUGGCGACCUUCUUCCCCUCCCCCCAAGUGAGCCGGGAAGCCCUCGACAAACCCUCGAGGAGCUUCCCGGCCUGCCAGACAGCCGCCCGGGCACGCCACCCGACGAACGCAACCGGAAACGCGACCACGAGACACACCGCCGGUGGCGGAGCAUUCAAGAAACUCCUGUCAAGUCUCCCAGCAGCACGGCCAUACCAAUCUCAUUGCGACUUGGCCAAAGGGGAACUCCGACCCCACCGAGCUCUGGCACGUUCAACAGCCGUGCGAUAAUGCCGCUGUAUCUGCUUGAGCACUCGCGGCAUAGGUCUGCCGACAGUGUUCCCCGAGAAGCCGACAUACCCGUGCCGCCGUCCCGGGAGUCUCCCGCUCCCGAACUCAGUGCCAUUGAUGACGAUAUGGAGCUCCUUGACAGUGGACUCGGCGCCCAAAACCUCGCGGAUUCCGGGCUCCGAAUCGACACGAGCCUGGCAUCAGCUGCCGCAGAUCAUGACAUCGCGGGGUCUCAGGAGACGACGCCAAGAGCCGAGCAAUUGCGCACGGCAAAUGCAUCACCCGACGUUCCCGAGGACCUGACUUCAGCCGAUGAGCACUUCUCUGACGCCCUGGAGGGGCAUUCUGAGGAUGCUUUCGAGGAGGCUCUUGCCUCACCUGCUCAGCCGGUCGUCCUGGAGCAGCAGGUCGUGGAGCAGCCGGAUCAGGAGACCGUACCCGAUACAACUGCCACGACCGAGGCUGAAGAGGCUGAGCCUGAUGAGUGGAGAACAAUGACGGUCAAGGAGAGGAAGAAGGCCAAGAUGGGUCGCAAGAAUAAGGGCCUGGACAUGGCCAGCGUUGCAGCAGCGGCUGCCACUACCCUUGGCGCCGCAGCCGCUGCUGCGGCGGGCGUCCUGACCGGCGAAUCCGCAAGCAACCAGGACAGCGCUGCAAGCCAACCGGAGACCUCACGGGAUGCUUUUGAGCAACCAACAAAGGGGAAGAAGGGGAAGAAGAACAGGAAGAAGACGCUGCCUGCUUGGGAGGACAUUGAGGAAACGCCCGCCGAGCCUGGCAAAGAUGAAUCUUUCGCAGCGUUACAACCCGAGAUUCCUGACGUUGCGGCGGAUAAUGAUUCUUCGCUGAUCACGGAGCGCGAAACCUCAAUCCCGACCCCGAACCUGGACGCUGAUGGAGCACUGGCAGCUGCAUCCCCAGACAAAUACACGGAGGCUAUCACGGCACCACAAAACAGUGACGGAUCCAGUGCCGUUGACACGACCCCAACCGCGGAUCAAGCCCCCGACCCAGAGGGUGACUGCACCCCGACUAUUGACAUUGCCCUGAGAUCACCGACGGCAGGAGAGGUUUUACAAGAGUCCAGCGAAGACAAAGAAAUACAGGAAGAAGUUGGAGAAGCCGUGACACUCAGCGAGGCACCAGCUCCUGAGGGUGAACUUCAAGGUCAUGAGGGACACAAGAUGACUGAUGAGCCCGGUGAUGUCGGUCAGCAGCAGGUCUUGGAGACGCUCGGUCAACCCCCCCCUUCAGCCGAGACAAAAAGGGCCAAGGAUGAGCCAGAGCUUGUACUUGCUAUCAACAACGCCCCAACGCAAGAGGCUGUUUCUGACGACCGGUGGUCCUCGACUGCUAGUUCCAAGAAAAGCAAAAAGAAGAAAAAGAAGGGCAAAGCGGCCGUCUUGGAAAAAGGGGAUGCUCAGACAACCGAAGAUCAACCUGCUCUUUCAUUUGAAGAUGUGGCUGCGGACCAGACUCGCGACAAGUUGGAUCCUGUAAAUGAAUCGCCCGAGGUGGCCAAGGAGGAAUUGAUCACGGACGAGCCUGAAGCCGUAACUCCUGCACCGCAACUCCCGGACACUGCUAAUCGGGAUGGCAUUGGGGCUACUCCUGCAGCUAUUGACAAGGAAGAGACCAGAGUCCAAGAAACUAUCGAAGUCACGCCGCGGGAUGAACCCCAGGAGCCACAGAAUGAGCCCUCGGCCUCGGCAGAACCAAGCAUUGUCGAUGAGCCGCGGGAAGUUGACCAAAGUGAACCAGCCAUCGUUGCGGCUGCUGCUGAAGUGGCGGAGAACGAGCCAGUGGCGUCAGCUUCUGCUGUCGAUUCGUCAACCAUUGACGCAGAGGAUACGUGGGCCACGCCAACUAGUUCCAAGAAAGAGAAGAAGAAGAAAAGGAAGAAGGGCCAGCGACUGGAUGCAUCUUUGCCCGCAGAGAAUGACGCAACCACUGUGUCCAUCACGGAAGAGACUCCUGUCGAAACAGCCGUUGAACCUGAGAAGCCCGUUGACACUGAAGCUCAGCCGUAUGGUGAAACUUCUACUGGGGAGUCAGCGCCCGCUGCCUUAGAGACUGAUUUCGCUCCGGCCUCGCGUGGCAAGAAGAAAAAGUCGAAGCGGAAGUCCAUGGAGAGGGAACUUGAUCAACCCUCGGCCGUGCAAGAGACCCACAAAGACGACGCCGAUUUGACCAUUGAUCUCGCGUCCAAAGACCUAGAAGCCACCGAUCUCCAGCCGUCCACCGAGCUCGAGACUGUCACUGCGGCCAAGACUGAAGAUGCUCAGAAUUCUCCGUCCAGCUCUCUUCUUCAUGAUCCGGACGCCACUGCAGAGGGGCCUGUGGAGGAGAAGGUGUCCAGCACGCCUGCUUCAUGUCCGCUCUCCGCUUCAGCACUUGUCCCUGCAGUAUCUGCUUCAAUCGCAGCUUCGGACCAGGAGCCUUUGAGUCGGAAAGAUGUCCUCGAGCAAGUACAAAAGGGAGAGGUUGUUUUUGCUGACGCGCCGCAAACUGCCAAAGAAGAGGAGCUCGCGGCCGACGGCGAGCUCCACAUUGAACAUACUCAAGACUCCACUCACCUUGAACCCACCCAAGCUCUCGAACCGAUCGUCUCGGAACCUCCCUUCUCUCAGGGCGAAGCGCCUGCGGAACCUACUCAAGAUUCCACUCACGUUGACUCCAUGAAAGCUCUCGAAUCGAUCGUCUCGGAACCUCACUUCUUUCAGGGCGAGGCCAUGGAACCCAUUCAAGACCCCAUCCACCUUGAAACCACGCAAGCAGACCAACCAGCUCCAGCCGUGAGCGCCGUUGUGGAUGAGACGACGACAGCUUCGGCCUCAGUCGAUGAUUUCGUCGCUCCCAAGAAGAAGGGCAAGAAGAACAAGAGAAAGAGCCAAGGCAGCGUGCGGGACCCUGACAAGGAUGAGUCCUCUCGGGAGCAUGCAUUCGGCCCUGGUCUUUCAACGGGACAGGCUGUGUUCGGCAAGGUCGUAGAAGAUGCCACAACGGAGACGGUUGAUAAAGCUUGCGAGGCCGUGCAGGACGCCAAAUCAGCUCUCGUCCCCCAGGAAGUCCCAGCCGAAGGGGAAUGGAACGAGACGGCAACUGGAAAGAAGCCCAACCUGUCCGAGGACAGCAAACCUUUAUCAACCAUUGACCCAGCGCCGCAUGCUGACCUCGCGACUCAGACGACAGAGCCUCCAGUGGCAGCGGAGGAAGCUGCAAGCAUUGAGGGGCCGUUCCUCAGCAAGAAGGGCAAGAAGAAAAAGAAGCGUCAAAGCCAGAUUUCCGUUACAUUGGACGGCGAUUCUUCGACUCCUGCGCCUCCUGUCGAAAAAUUAAAGGUUUCCAAAGCAUCUGGUUCCACGGUCGAUUGUGGAACCGAGUUUGCAGUUCCUAAGAAGGGAAAGAAGAACAAGAAGAAGCAGCAUACCUUCUCAUGGGACUCGACUUCUGACAUGAAACCGCAGCAACUGACUGACGAGCCGGCCGUGCCCUCGGAGGACCAACCUGCCAUCGAGCCUGAGACGCUGCCUGAGGUUGAGUCUGGUCUCACUGGCGACGAGGCGUCUGUUUUCCUGGAUGAUGACCAGAGCAAGUCGACUCGUGGUAUGGAGCAGGGAAGCGACACACCCACACUGGAGACUCAACUUGGAUCGGGCCCGGGAUUCCUCGGCAUUGGAUCUUCUCUGGAGGCAAAUUUUCCAGGAUACAGCGUUGCAGACACCACACCUGCCGAUGACAGCGAGGCCGCCUUUCCGGUCAAGAUGAGCAAAAAGGACAGGAAGAAAAAUAAGAAGCAGGCGGCGCUGAAUGAGGCUACGCAACCUGGCUCAGAGGAAGCUUCAGCAAAGUUUGCCAUCAACCAGGACGUGGUGCCGGAACAAGCGAGACCUGAGUCGGAGGCAACCAAGGAGACUUGCUUGGAUCGUGCCAUCAACGAGUCUCGGGCUGCAGAGGAGGCAGCAAUUGGAACUUCGGUGAUAGGUCCAGGUGCAUCCGACGAGGCAACAACCGACCAGCCGGUUGGGACAAGCGAACAGCAGUCAGAGGUGGUUCCUGAUGAGUGGGGUGGGUUCAGUCUAAAAAGGUCCAGAAAGGACAACAAGAAGAAGAAGAAAGCUAAAGAUGUUGAACCCACGAAACCACAGGAACCUGAGACGGCCACCCUUCCGGGACCGGAGCGAGAGCAAGUCGAUCCACCAAAGGAGCCAGAACUGGUCCCUGCCACUGAUACUGGAACUUUGAGCAAGCCCCUGCUCGUGACUCCGAAGCUCAGGAAGAAACUGGACCGCUUUCAGGUAGUACACUACCUGAGAAACCUGAAGAGGUUCCAGUGGAGCCCGUUUUAA